GCAACUCUGACUAAAUAAUGCAACGUACGUUUGCAGUGCAUGAAAGAGAGAGAUCCUGUCACGUUCUCUCUCCGUUUGCUGCCAUUGAGUGAUUGGCUGUGUUCUCUAACAGCUGCGCUAUUGCGCUCCUGUCAGGAGAGGUAGGGAGGGAUGACAGCGUGACAGAGCGAGAGAGAGAAAGGGAAGGAGGGAGGGAGAUCUCCAUUCACCAUUUCACACUGCUCCCCGAACCCCUUUUUCCCGCUCGCGCUGCCGUGGAGGGAUCUCUUUAAUUGCAUUCCAGAGGAAUUUCUCUUGCAGCUGGUGCUUCGACUGACAGGAACGAGUGGGAAUUGUGAAUGACUCCGCCUGGAGGAAGAAGGAUUUUUGGUAUGAAAAGUGAGAGAGGAGACUCAACUCUUUUGUCAUUCGUCGCUUGCAGAUAAGGGACUCCUCGUCCUCAUUUCUCACACACUCUUUACGGCAACGUUUCGGCUGUCUGGGGAGCUUGCGAGCCAGCGUAUGUAAAUAAAGCGGAGUGUUUCCAUAGGCUGGGCGGACUGCCAGAAAGUGCGAGAGAAAACCCUGAGGGUUUUGUGGUGAGAAGCUCACCCUGACUGGAUCAACAAGUCUGGAGAGGGACAUCUCCUCAAACCAUCAGCGUGCGCAUGCAGAGAGGAAAGUCAGACAACACACUCUGGAGAAAGACCAGAAGACGGACUGUUCUUCUACGUGCUUUCACUCGCAUCAGUGUUUAUCUUGGUCGCGGACUAUAGAAUGCAUCAGAAAUCUCCCAAGUCUUUCAACGCACCCAAGUGGGAUUUUCUGUUAUUUUUCUUAACAGAUUGAGCGGUCUUUUUCCAGGAUUGGAUUUGAAUCAGAGAAGGGGGAGGACUUGGAUCUUGUGUCUCCUAUAUAUAUAUAUAUAGACACCCUCUGCAUGGUUGAAGGACCCCUGCCCUGCACACGAAGACAACAGCCUGAGGUUUCUGGUCCUAAAAGUCUAACUUGUUUUUGGGGGUUUCUUUUGUCUCGACGGCUCUGCACUAGUGGAUUGAAGCUUGGCUGAAUUGAUCUUUUGUCUGAAUCUGGGGUUCUUCUCACGGUGGAGCCCCCCACUCCCGACCCCUCUGAAAUCCCCUCCUUCCAACUCUCCCACAUGAGUCCCCUCGUACCCUUCCUCCCUCCACUCCCACACACCUCCUCGUCUUCCGUCCACAUGCCGCUGCGAUCGCGGAGCAUGUGUGAGUAGUGUGCCUCUGUUUGUGCGUGAAGCCAGAAACCGUAAGCCAGGAUUAGGUGCGUGGAGGGUGAUGCGUCGCUGGAUGCAUCUGCAUCUGGCGGAUUUAGGAUCGGGAGGACCCGAAACCAUUCCUAAGGGAUUCCACAACCUCUUCACAACCCAAACAUCUGUGAUCAUUUUCCUGACUGUUGGAUGAAGAAAGGAUCGAGCCGUGUCCCGCCAUGUCCGAAGUGGUGUGAUCUCAAGAGCCGCUGCGUUUAUCCGGGCUCAUCAUGAAAAAGACACGCAGCACCACUCUGCGCAGGGCCUGGCCCAGUUCCGAAUUCUCGGACCGUGCUUCGGAUCGCACUCGGUCACGGAGCGAGAAAGACUACCGGCUUCACAAACAUUACCCGAAACACUUCAUCUCGCACUCCCCUAGAGGAUUCCUGAUUGCAGGUGAUGUGUCUCCUAUCAGCAUGUCUCCCAUCAGCCAAUCCCAGUUUAUACCACUGGGAGAAAUCCUGUGCCUGGCCAUUUCUGCCAUGAACUCGGCCCGUAAGGCCGUCACGCAAGAGACUCUCAUCGAACACCUUGCAACAUGCUUCCCAGGCGUCCCCACUCCAAGUAUGGAGAUUCUGCGGCACACGCUCAACAUGCUGGUCCGAGAGCGGAAGAUCUAUCCCACCCCGGAGGGUUACUUCAUCGUCACCCAGCAGACAUACUUCAUCACGCCUUCCCUCAUUAGAACUAACAGCAAGUGGUACCACUUAGAUGAGAGGAUACCAGAUCGCAUGCAGCAGCAGCAGCCAUGUACCUCACCUCACUCGGGUACCAUGACACCCUCCACGUCCGGAUGCGUCCGGGAAAGACCUCACCACAAGAACCAUAGUGAUUCCUACAACAACAGCUACCGGGAGGACCUAGCACACAUACCUAGCACACAUACCUCAACUUUACAGAGAAGGUCUAAAGAGCAUAAAGAGGUUUCUCCUGUGUCUCCGCCCCCUCAGCAGCCAUCAGAGAAGAGUAAGAGUUCGCUUAGUUUUCCAUUUAAAACCGAGACAAACAGUAAACACAAAGAUGGAAGCAGCAGCAGUGGGGAGAAGCAGUCUAAGAAGUUUGGACUAAAGCUCUUCAGGUUGAGCUUCAAGAAGGACAAGACGAAACAUCUAGCCACGUUUUCCGCCCAGUUCCCACCUGAGGAGUGGCCACUGCGGGAUGAGGAGACACCCACCACCGUUCCCAGAGAGGUGGAGAUGGAGAUCAUCCGUCGGAUCAACCCGGAUCUUACGGUGGAGAACCUUGCUCGCCACACAGCCGUAAUGAAGCGAUUGGAGGAGGAGAAGGCACAGAGGAACAAAGCGAACUCCUCGGCUCAGCAGAGUGCACGCAGCAAGAGGAGCCGCAGCCAUCGAAAGACCCAGCAGGGCAAGGCCUCACGUUCCCAUAGCAAAACACGAGUGUCCAGGGGGGAUCCGUCUGAAGGAUCCAACCUGGAAAUAUCCUAUGACCGGGAUUACAGAUUCUACAGCUCCUCGUUGGUACGUUCUCCACGCGAAACCAUGAUGUCCAUGGAGCGGAACAGGGGGAAGUAUAUGGUCCACAGCAACCCCAAUAUUGUGGAGUCUCACUUUACUACCGCUCCAGAGUGGGAUGUUUCGGGGGAACUGGCAAAGCGGCGGACAGAAAUGCCAUUCCCAGAACCCUCGAGGGCGCAGUCACAUUCCAAAGUCCACCGAAGUCAUAGUCAUACACAAGAGAGAAAGUCACGAAACGAGAGGUCGGACAAGGCCAAAGAAAGGUCACGCUCCAUGGACAACUCCAAGGGACCACUUGGUGGUCCAUAUUUAGGUGGCCCGGAGGACUUUGAGUGCAGUCCCGAUGACAGGAGUCGGUACUACACUGACGACGGUACUUUGAGGGCAUCUGCGCAGGCGACCCACUAUUCCCGCAUCUUGCUCUCUGCUGCUAGAUUACACUCUGACGUUUGUGUGCCUGAUGUUGGAAGAGGAUCCUCGGAGGAUGCUGUGCUUUACCGGACUCUGGAGAAGAGUAAAAGCAGGGAUAGUCUUCCUGCUUACAAUGACCUGAAGUCUUGCUCUCCCAAAACACCUGUGGAUGACUAUUUCCAGUGCACUGCGGCAAAUGAAGUCUCUCUCUCUGCCCCAUCAUCUCUUGUAAAACCCAGCCAUGACUUUACGGAUAGUGUCUGGAAGGGGAUCUCCUCUGACCGAUUGACACCUCAUCUAACACCACCUCACCCUAUAGAAUAUAAAGAAGAGACAGCCAAGGGACAAAACACUACUCCUAUAGUGACAACCAGCCAAACUCCCGAGCAUCUCCCCAAUGAACGAUUGUUGCACCAACACAAUCCUGACUCAGGUGACUUGGACAAAAUGCCAGAGGUUUACAGUCAAGAGACUUUGUUUAAAUCUCCAGACUACGUGGAGAGUAGCUUCUCAAGGCCAGGUACGAUAGGUAGGUCCCCUCACACCAAGUCAGCGGAAGUCCUUGGGACUCAGGAGCAUUUCGAUAAACCUCUACCACUGACCGUGCCGCCAUCCUCGGCUCAGGAGCAGGCUUCAUGCGCAGAAACCACCUUUGACUAUUACAAUGUGUCGGAUGAUGACUCGGAGGAGACUAGUCAUAAGAACCGGGUGGAGCAGAAAGUUCUAGAAGAGGGAGGGACAAUGCAAUGGCUGCUGGAACGGGAAAAGGAGCGGGAUUUGCAACGGAAGUUUGAGAAGAACCUUACAUUUCUAAGUCCCAAGGAAGGUGAGGGGAAUAACAGCCAAAAAUCGGUCCAUUCUACCCGAUUGGACAGUAUGGACUCCAGCAGUGUGACUGUGGACAGUGGAUUUAAUUCCCCACGCACGCGGGAAAGCCUUGCUUCGAACACCUCGAGUAAUGUGGAAAAUAGCAGGCGUCAGAACAUGGCUUUGAGUCCAGGACACAUCGUCACCAAAAGACCCCCGCCGCCCUACCAGCCCCCCAGCUUCCGUACCAUCCGUGAGCCGCCCGCCAACCGCACGGAGAAACAGGCCUCCAUCACCAGCGUGUAGUGAUGGGGACCGCUAAACUGAACUUCACCAGGACUGUUACAAUCUGACAGGCAGGACCUUCUGAGCUCGUGUGACGCCUGUUCCAGCUGACAUUUCAAAUUGAGACGCGUUUCAGAAAACGCAGGUCAUCAUGAUUCACUGGAGGUAUCCACUUUUUUUAUAUUUGUAACAAAUACUGCUGCAGACAAACACGUCAGUUCAUUAGGACUCAAUUUACGCGGAUCUGCGAUCAUGUUUGGGAUGAAAUCCUUGAUCAAACUCAUUUGUAGGUGUCCUUAAUAGCUUAAUGUAUCCACUACGGGUCUUAACUGUCUUCUGAUCCAAACUUGGCUGCGUUGCCUCUGCCUAUUUGUUCAUCGCUGUGUCUAGUGCUCAUUCUGUACGCUCAGGUCCCUCUGAACUCUACUGACUUACUGGCUCAUAACUUCUAGGCCACGAUAAUCUGAACAAGUUCAUCUCCUUGUGUAUCGUCCACUGUCCUGCGAUUUU